AUGGCUGUACUCACAGACUGCCAGGGUGCCAAGCCUUUAGCUCUUUCCUUGACGGUCGAUACCUCUGUCCUCACGUUAGACUUCAGCGACAGCUGGCUGCAGGAAGAAGGGGCAGCUGCAGUUGCAGAGAUGCUGAAAGAAAAGUGCUACAUUUCAUCUGUUGAUUUAUCCGAUAACAAGUUAGGUGUUGAAGGACCUAGGACCUUUUCUGCAGUGCUUCUAGAAAAUACUACAAUUGUGUCUCUCCGGCUUUCAGGAGAUGAAUUUGAUGAUCACACAGCAAAAUAUUUAGCAGAUGCCAUGACAGCAAACAGCAAAGUGGGAAUUCUGGAUCUGAGUUACAACAUGUUUGGUGACAAAGCAGGUGAAAUUCUUGGAAUGGCAGUAGCAGAAGAUAUUGGAUUCAAGGAACUUAAAAUCAGCUGGAACCAUUUCCAUAGCCAAGGGGAAGCUGCCUUGGCCAAAGGCAUGGGGGCAAACAUAUUCCUCAUGCUGGGUGUUUCCUACAGCGGCUUUGGCGACGGUGGAGCAGCUGCCUUGGGGGAGGCUCCUAAGGCCAACAAUGUGCUGGAAGAGCGCAGUGUCAGAAACAACCGUGUUUCAGUGGAAGGAGCUCUGCACAUUGGAGCUGGCCUGAAAGAAAACAAGGCUCUGAAAAGACUGAACGUGACCAGGAAUCCCAUGCAGAGCAAAGGCUGCUGUGGGGUCCUCAAAGCUCUACAGGCAAAUUCUGGUCCUGGUGUAGAGGUCCUGGACCUGCCAGUAAGUGUUACCCUGGAAAGAAAAGGGAAAGAGGUUGUAAAGAGGUGCGAGUUGGUCUCAUCUCCGAAGGAACAGGUGGGCUGCAGCCAGGACGAGACCCAGGAAGGGCAGCACAAUCCUGGUCCCUAG